AUCAUAGAUUGAACUUCAAAUCAAAUAGAGAACCUAUUUUUCAAUGGGAAAACAUGUUUUAUUCCAAAAUAAUGUAUUCGUGACAUAUGGAAUUUUCGUUAAUCUGAUAAGAAACCUUUGUGAUAAUAGUAUUUUCUGUUACAUAUUUUUUUGAAUCCUCUAUUCAUUUUAUUACAAUAUUAUUAUGAAUCAUCAAAAACAUGAAGAGUUAUGCUGAAUAUUUGUAAAAAGCAGAAUAUAAUAUACAUUGAAAUUUUCAAUCAAGUACCUACCUAAAAACAACAAGCAAAAUGGAAAAUGGAUAUAGUAAUAGAGAAACAAAUAGAAAAGAAGAUAUAAAUUGGUCAAGAUUUGGAUUAGGGUCAGAAUCAGCACAAAGAGCAAGAGCAAAUACAAGUGGUUUUAUAGAUUUAUCAAAUGAUUAUGGAGCAGGAGGGCACCAAGCCUCUGGGGCCAAUGAAUUGUUUGCAGAGGAACAGGGAGAUGCACCUUGGUGGAAAUCUAAUUUUUUCAUAUCCCAGCCAGUGUUAUUUGGGACAUGGGAUGGUGUUUUCACAUCUUGCUUAAUUAACAUUUUUGGUGUGAUAGUAUUUUUACGAUCUGGAUGGAUAGUUGGUCAAGCUGGAGUUUGUAGUGCUAUUACUAUAGUUUUAUUCACAGUAUUUACCGCCUUGAUAUCAGUUCUCUCAGCUGUAGGUAUUUGUGAAAGAUGUCGAAUCGAGAGUGGAGGUGUUUAUUUUGUUGUUGCCCAUACAAUGGGUUCAAGAUUUGGAGGAUCUCUCGGUUUGCUGUAUUGCUUUGGUCAGGCUGUGGGUUGUGCAUUGAAUGUUCUUGGUUUUGGUGAAUCAAUGGCUGAAUUGAUUGGAUUUGGAGAUUCAAAAUGGGCUGUUAGGGGAAUAGCAAUGGCUGCUGUUCUACUACUUAGUGUGAUAAAUGUGGCAGGAGUAAAAUGGGUAAUCAAAUUGCAGUUUAUUUUGUUGCUGAUCUUACUCUCAGCAGGCCUAGAUUUUAUGGUUGGCAGCUUUGUGCAUACUGACGAUGGAAAUGGUUUCGAUGGUUGGGUCAGCGACAAUAUUAUAAAAAAUAUGUGGUCAAAAUACCACGAAGGAUACAGCUGGUUCACAGUGUUUGGUGUUUUCUUUCCAACAAUAACUGGGGUACUUUCUGGAAUAAACAUGAGCGGUGAUCUCAAAGCCCCUUCCACAAACAUACCUAAUGGUACCCUGUCUGCAUUGGGUACCGGUACCUUUUUGUACCUUGUAUUCGUUAUUUUCUUGGGGGCCACCUGUCAGAGAGAUGCUUUAUUGAAGGACUUCACGAUAGCGAAAGACGUUUCUGUGAUACAUGUGCUAUUUCUAGCUGGAUUGUAUGUAUCGUCCAUGUCUAGUUGCUUAGGAGCCAUGUAUGGUACUCCAAGAGUUCUGCAGUCAAUUGCUUUAGAAAAUGUGAUUCCUGGAAUUGGUGUAUUGGGCACUGGAAGAGGACCAAAUAAAGUGCCGUUAUAUUCUAUGGUUGUGGUAGCUGUUGUUACUUUUGCCUUUAUAUUUAUUGGAGAGAUUAAUACUUUGGCACCAAUCGUCACUAUGCCUUUCUUAUUAACUUAUGCUGCUAUAGACUAUGCAUAUUUUGCAUUAGCACAAACUUUUGAUAUUCGUCAUCAAAGGGAACAGAGGUUCCAUAGACCUAGGAUGCAACACCAAAUAUCUAGCGAUGACAGUGAGUUGGAUAGGUUGUUCCCUGAACGCACUAGGCAUAAAGUAUUGCGGGGAGAAUCUACUUCAAACUCAGCCAGUCCUGAAGAGAACAGUGAAACGAUACCAAUUACUCCAAAAAUAAAUAUUCAUUCUAAACAGAAAAAUUGGUAUUCCAAUUUGUGCAAUCGAUGGCUGUCAUUAUUCGGAGCUGCCUUAAAAAUACUUAUCAUGAUGUUAGUGAACUGGUAUUAUGCUUUAGCAUGUAUCACAGCAGUGUUUCUUGUAUGGUUGUAUAUUGGAACAGCAAAUCCAGCUGUGAAGCCUGGAAUUGCCUCCGAGUUUCGUUUCUUGAGGUGGUUGAGAAUACUACUACUCAGGUGUAUUGGGAGGCGGGUCACAGAUUAUGAACAAAUAGUCAAUACCCCUGUACAUUCGGGGUUGGAGGUAACCUCUACGCAGUUGAACGAGGACAAUCUGGACUUCCCUAACAGGAGAAGGUACCAUCAGUCUGCAACUGUCGAAGGAUAUACUGUCAGCAUCGAUGACUGACAUCUAUUUGUUGGAAUAACCAGUUUACUAACUUUCAAUUCCUAAACAAACAAGAAACAAGUAUAAAUUAAUUGGACACUUCAUAAACUGAUUACCUCAACUGUCAAGAAAUUUGAAGGAUCUUUUUGAAGGCUCAGCAUAUUAACGUGGUAACACCGAUAGUAUAAUACGGAAUACCAUUGGGAAAAUAGUGCUGUAAUGAUUGAAAAUUGUGUUGCAAUGACACUGUAUCAGUUUUGAACUGAUGCAAUCCCAAUCGGACUCACAAUUUCAAUGUUGAAACGUCAAAUUGAAAUAACCAUUCGCAGUAAGUUCUUGUGAACAUUUUGUUUCAAGCAACUCUUCAAAAUAUCCGUGAUUUAAUUUUUGAUCACAUAAACUAUAUAGGUACUUACAUACAAAUUGAUCAAUCAUUCCAUUAAAAUAAACAACAUGUGUCUCUCAGUAGAUAUAGACAUUCCUCCAUCAUGCGUCAUAUCUUCGUAAUAGAAUGUUGAUUAUCUAAAACUAUCAGUUGAUUUUUAUGCAUAUUAUCCCUCUGCAUCCUAUGAUUUUUUUGGAACUACAAAUUAACAGGUUGAAAAAUACUUAACCUUUAACCUUUAAUCACUUCUUCAUCCCUGAAUUUUUGGAUAUCUUCAACAAAAUUAUUCAGUUUUGGAAUUGAGUUUAUAAGGGAUUUUUCAGAAUUAUUCAUUAAUUAAUCGGUCAUUUUUCAUCGGUCAAUUUGACUGAUGCACUGACAUUGCACUCGGCUCGCACGACCUCCUAGAGUAUUUGCGAAAAUUGUUGCACCGAGUGCAACACCAGACGCACCAGUUUUUCGAUGAGGCACAGAAACCAUAACUGGUUUUACCAAUGUGACGCAUUAUAUGGACUCAGUGCGCACGAGUUUUCCCAAUGGUAUUCGCUAUAAAUGAAGUUCAGAUUGCGGGAAGAAUAUAAAGGUUAUGUACUCAACUGAACAGAUUUUACCUUCAUAUCAAACUGAUACAGGAAAAGAUACGCACAAUUUUGCCCGGAAGUUCCUCGAGCAGGCGCAUAUAUACAUGAGGGCGAAUUAGGGAAGGUAAUAAUGAAAUACUUCCG